AUGCCCGUUAUCUCGGGAUUUAACGAAGAUACAAAAAAAUACAAGACUGAAUAUGAUAAAGCCAUUAAAUCACAAAGCAAAGUAGUUACCUUUGUCCCGCGCAUGUUUUUUCUUUUUGGCUGUGCGUUUAUAUCACUUUGGGGAAUUGUUUCUUUAGUCAAAACUAUACCAAAUUUAUCUCUUCCAACUUCAAUUGAGGCAGUAAAAAAACAAGCUAUAAUAUUGGAAAACUAUUCCAAUAGAACUUGGGAAGGAUAUAUACAUAUAUUUACCGUUUUUUCAUUAAUUUAUGUUUGGAAACAGGCAUUCUCCAUACCUGGAGCCAUUUUCCUGAACAUUUUAGCAGGUGCUUUAUAUGGACCGUUUACUGCUACGUUAUUGAGUUCUAUACUCACCUCUAUAGGAGCUUCAUGUGCAUAUCUAUUAAGCAAAUUUAUUGGACAGCCAAUGAUAGAUCAAUAUUUAUCUGAUAAAUUGAAUUUUCUAAGAAAACAAGUCGACGAAAAUAGAGAUGGAUUAUUCUUUUAUUUGUUAUUUAUUCGAAUGUUUCCUUUGUCGCCUUGGUGGCUUCUUAAUUUAGCAUCGCCACUAUUAUACAUUCCAAUUGGUCCAUUCUUUGCUUCAAUGUUUUUUGGAUCGAUCCCGUAUAAUCUUGCUUGUUGUCAGGCAGGAGAUAUCCUAUUUGAGCUUACUUCAACUGCAGAUAUAUGGCAGCCAGCUUUACUUCUAAAGAUGAUGAUAGUAUCUUUAUUAAGUUUGAUACCUCCUUUUUAUAGUAAAAGAUUAAAGAAAUGGAACGAAUUACGCAUUAAGACGUCACCAUAUGUUAUCGUAUAA